AUGAAACUCCUCACCCUCCUCACCCUCCUAAUCGGCACCCUGUUCGUCUCCGCCGACAACAGUUCCACCUGCCGCGCCAAACACCCCAUCGCAUGGCAAGCCAUCAACCGCUUCUGCGCCAUCACCAACAUGCAGAUCCCCUCGACCUACGCAAAACAAGGCUUCUCGACGGGCGGCGCCUCCGUGUGGAUCGACGGUUCCAUCCUCAACGCCUGUCGCCCUGCCCAAUGGGUCCCGAAAAUCUACUGUCACAAACAGUUCUAUGCCAUGUGCGCGCAAUCCAAGAGUCACGCGUUUUACGGCAGGGCCAAUUGUCAGACGUGGAGGAUUAAGUAUAAGGCUGCUGCUCCUAAGCCGGCGAAACCGAAGCCGAAGAAGACGAAUUGGCUGGGGCAGGAGGGGAUGAGUAAUCCUUUUUAUACUAAGAGGGAUGUUGUUGAGAUGGGGCCGGAGCCGACGGGGGAGGUGGAGAUUUGA